GGUGAGGCGGGUGAUAGAGGAGAAACGGGGCCAAAAGGACCGAAAGGUGAGCGUGGACCACAAGGACCGGCAGGAAUGGAUAAUGCAGGAUAA